ACUGGAUAACGUCUCCUUCAACCCGCAGCACAGACUCAUUUCUCUACACACCAGCUCUGAGUGGAUGCUCAGCAGGGGUGUUUGAGAUAUUAGCACGCUGUGGGGGAACGGCUCAGGGACUUCUGCCAUCCACAUACAAAGAGCCGGCAGUUAGGAGGAAUAUGGGAAAAUCCGAAAGCCAAAUGGAUAUCAUGGAGAAAUCAAGUAAACCUGGAAAGCGUCGCUGGACUGUUGCAGAAAUCGGUCUGUCUGUGCUGCUCCUGUUAGUCAGCUGUGCCUUGGCCGGGCUUGUAGUCCUCUACACGUCAGCUAUGAAAGAACAAUCAAACAGGCCGAGUGUGUCCAGGAGCUCAACAGGUGAGGGCCAGCUGUUACGCUCCAACCCCAGCAAUGUGUGUACAACUGCAGACUGUGUUACUGCAGCUGCCCGGCUCUUGCAAAACAUGGAUGAGUCCGUGAAGCCUUGUGAUAACUUUUACCAGUAUGCCUGUGGGGGUUGGCUGGAGCGACAUGUUAUUCCGGAGACCAGCUCCCGUCACAGCGUCUUUGACAUUCUGCGAGACAAGCUGGAGAUUGUCCUCAAAGGUGUUCUCGAGACAGUCAGUGAAGAGGACAGAGAUGCCAUCAAGAAGGCCAAAAUCCUUUACAGCUCCUGCAUGAAUGAAAGCCUCAUAGAGCAGCGUGACUCGCACCCCCUCCUGAAGCUCAUUGAGAGUAUCGGUGACUGGCCUGUGGCGUCAGAGGACUGGAACACCACCACAGAGGAAGCGUGGAGCCUUGAGGACACACUGGCAACACUUACUGCUCGUUUCCACAAGAAGGUUGUGCUGGACAUGUAUGUGUGGACGGACGACCGGGACUCUCAGCGCCAUAUUAUCUACAUUGACCAGCCCGGGCUUGGGAUGCCAUCUAGAGACUAUUACUUCAAUGAUGGAAACUACAAAAAGGUUCGAGAGGCCUACCUACACUUCAUGGUUUCCAUUGCGAAGAUAACCCGAGAGGACAGGAAUUUGACUCAAGAUGACGACCGAGUGUGGGAGGAAAUGAUGCAAGUGCUGGAGCUGGAGACAGACAUUGCCAAUGCUACAUCACCAGCAGAGGAACGCCAAGAUGUCACCGUUCUUUACAACAAGAUGGCACUCGGUGAACUGCAGAGCACAUACACCUUUAAUGGUUUCAACUGGACACGAUUUAUUCAAGGUGUGCUGUCGAGUGUGUCCAUUGAUGUCCAGUUGGACGAGGAGGUGGUCGUGUAUAGCUCUCCCUAUCUUGAGAAGAUGAACGAUGUUCUCUCCAGACACAGUAUCAGAACUAUGCAGAACUACCUCACCUGGCAACUCAUCAUUGACAGAGUUAACAGCUUGAGCCGCCGCUUUAAAGAUGCCAGAGCGCGAUACAGAAAGACUCUCUAUGGGACCACUGUGGAGGAUGCUUGGUGGCGAGAAUGUGUCCGUUAUGUCCAAAGCAGCAUGGAGAACGCAGUGGGAGCUCUGUACGUGCGCGAGACUUUUGCAGGAGAAAGUAAACGAAUGGUGAGUGACCUCAUCAGCAAGAUCCAAGCAGCGUACGUAGAAACACUGGAGGAGUUAAGCUGGAUGGACACUCCCUCAAAGGAGAAGGCGAGAGAAAAGGCCAUGGCAAUCAAGGAACAUAUUGGCUAUCCAGAUCAUAUCCUGCAGGAGAGCAACCAGAAGCUUGACCAAGAGUAUGCACAUCUAAAUUUCAGUGAAGAACACUACUUUGAGAACAUCCUGGAGAACCUCAAGUCAGAAGCCCACAAGAGUCUGAAGAAGCUCCGAGAGCCCGUGGAUCCUGACUUGUGGAUCAUUGGUGCUGCUGUGGUUAAUGCAUUCUACUCACCCAACAGAAAUCAGAUUGUGUUCCCUGCAGGAAUCCUGCAGCCACCGUUCUUUAGCAAGCAUCAGCACCAAGCUCUUAACUUCGGUGGAAUAGGGAUGGUUAUCGGACAUGAGAUCACGCAUGGAUUUGAUGACAACGGGCGUAAUUUUGACAAAGAUGGUAAUAUGCUGAACUGGUGGAGUAAUUACUCUGCUGACCACUUCAAAGAGCAGUCGCAGUGCAUGGUGCAACAAUAUGGCAACUUCAACUGGAAGCUAGCAGGCGGACAAAAUAUCAGUGGAAUCAGCACUUUGGGGGAGAAUAUUGCAGACAAUGGAGGGGUUCGUCAAGCAUACAAGGCUUAUCUUAAGUGGGUGGAGAUGGAGGGUGAAGAGCCUCGUCUACCUGGUCUAGACAUGGAUCACAAGCAGCUUUUCUUUCUUAACUUUGCCCAAGUAUGGUGUGGUGCUUAUCGGCCUGAGUAUGCCAGCCAGUCCAUUAAGACUGACUCACACAGUCCUUUAGAAUACAGGGUCCUUGGAUCGCUCCAGAAUUUUGAAGCUUUCUCAGAAGCCUUUCAGUGCCAAAAAGGCAGUCCAAUGAACCCUGAGCUGAAGUGUCGGGUCUGGUAGAACUCCUGAGAUUUGUUGGUUUUCUUAGCAUGGGCAAGUCAAAUCAAAAGAAUAAGUUGUACUUUAAAACCCACAGAGAUAUCCUGCUCAUGACUUAUUCCAGUAUGUUUGGGGCCGAGUGAUGACGCAGACACAUGCAUAUAUGGUACCGUAGGUGUAUUUUAAACGGCUGGCGUCCUCAGUACUCCAUAGGUUCUUAAAUUUAAAGCACGCAGAUUGUAAAAGAGAAACUUGCUUGAGUAUCUUAUCAAGUUUGAAUUAUUGUCAGUGGAUGAGGAGGUCAGUUGUUCCCUUUCGUUUUGUUUUUAUUUGUAUUUUUUUAAUGUCUCACAUCGGGGCACAUGAAUGGAAAGGCUACAUGGAAAAGAUGAGACUUUUUUGAAAGGUUUUAUGAGGUUGACUUUAAAUGCCCAGCGAGCCUUUGUUGAACAAAUUCUUCUUAUAUCUCUUAAGUGGAUUUUUGUAAUUUAAUGUGUAGCCUUUCAUCUGAUGUACUGUUUUUAAGACAUCGUGCCACUUCAGAAGGAAUAAUGGUGAGCGAAUCUGACUCUGGCUGAAGAGCAUGAAAUAAAUGAGAACUUACGGCUUUGCUGAUGCAAAGCUACAAAAGAA